CGCAGUGUGAAGCUCCCGCACCAUGUUCUAGAGAUUUCACUCUACACCUGCGGUCAAAAUGGCGUUCAACAUGAGAAGCCGUGCUCCAACAAACGACACAAGAUUAUACGAGUUGUUAGGAGUGUCUAAAAAUGCGAGUGAAACAGAAAUUAAAAAGGCGUACAGGAAACUAGCCAAGGAGUACCAUCCUGACAAAAACCCCAAUGCUGGAGAAAAGUUUAAGGAAAUCAGUUUUGCUUAUGAAGUGCUGAGUAAUACUGAGAAACGAGACACAUACGACCGCUAUGGCCUGGAAGGUCUCAAGGAAGGAGCUGGAGAAGGAGGAGGCUUUGAUGACAUCUUUUCCCAUUUCUUUGGGGGUGGCUUAUUUGGCGGUGGCGGUGGUGGUUUUGGCGGGGGGAGGAGACAGAGAAAGAUGAAAGGGGAGGACACUGUGCAUCGUCUUGGGGUUUCACUUGAAGAUCUUUACAAUGGUAAAACUUCCAAGCUACAGCUAAGCAAGAACGUCAUUUGUGGAAGUUGUAAAGGACAUGGUGGUAAACAGGGUGCCAUGCAGCCUUGUCACAGUUGUCAUGGGCGAGGUAUUAAGGUGACGAUACGUCAGAUUGGGCCUGGUAUGGUACAGCAGAUGCAGUCUACCUGUACGGACUGUAGAGGAGAAGGGGAGCGAAUCAACGACAGGGAUCGAUGCAAGAAAUGCAAUGGAGCUAAAGUCAAUAAGGAAACAAAGAUCCUUGAAGUUCACAUUGAUAAAGGCAUGCGAGAGGGCCAGAAGAUCACAUUCCAUGGGGAAGGAGAUCAACAGCCUGGAAUAGAAUCCGGUGAUGUCAUCAUUGUCCUCGUUGAGAAAGACAAUGACGCCUUCAAGCGUGUUGGUAACGACCUGUACAGGGAGCAAGAAGUCACCAUCACAGAAGCACUGUGUGGCUUCCAAAUAACACUCAAACACUUGGAUGACCGUCAGCUACUCAUCAAAUGCCCUGGGGGAAGUGUUAUACAACCAGGUUGUAAACGUGUAGUAGAGAAUGAAGGUAUGCCAUUCUACAGGAAUCCAUUCACCAAAGGCAAUCUGAUCAUGAAGUUCAACGUUAAGUUUCCUGAAAAUAACUUUGCAAGUAGUGAACAGCUUAAGAAAUUGGAGAAACUUCUUCCACCCAGACCAAACCAUGAAGCUGCUGGUGAGGAUGCUGAAGAGGUUGAACUGGUAGAGUUUGAGGCCUCACACACCAAUUCGCAUAACCACCGAAGCGAGGCUUACCACGAUGACGACGACGAAGAUGAAAGUGGAGGCGGCGGUCCGUCUGUGCAAUGUGCGCAUCAAUGAAAACCGACUGGCUGCGGACUGGCGGCAAGUCAAUUUUCUAGGCUAGGAACAGACUUGCAUCGAGUCUAACCCUAACCGAGCUGGGAGCGGACUAAUGGGCAAGUCUAACAAUAAAUAACAUAGUAGAUACCAUGUAAAGAGGGCAGGGUGUGUGUGUCAUGUAUUAAAAGUAAUCAUUACAAGAAUUUAACAUCACUGUAUAAAAUUCAGACUGUCUCAUCUCAUAAUUUUCCCCCAUUUUAAAUAAUGGAACAGUCUUGAUUUUCCUCCAAAUAAAUUUUGGUUUUACUGUUGCGCGCAUACGCUGUCAAUAUCUGACGAAUUAUUU